UGCCUUAGUUUUUCACAUAAAAAGGCCAAAACCCACAACAAGGAUUAACACUAUCUUGCACUCACUCACUCUCUCUCUCUCUCUUUCUCUCACUCACUCUCUGCAACAACCUCAAACGGAAUCUAAUCGGCCAUGGCGUUUCUUUUGAAGAAAGCAAUAGGAGAAACUAAACCCACCAGGUUUAACAUCAACCAUUUCUAUAGGCUCUCUCGCUGCUGCGGUUUUGCUUCUUCUUCUUCUUCUUCACCUUCUGUUGCUGCUGCUUCUGAUCAUGAAGCUUUGCCUGUUCUGCCUCCGUUUGAUUACAAGCCGAAACCGUACAAUGGACCUUUGGCUGAUGAAGUUUUCCAGAAAAGAAAGAAGUUUCUGGGUCCUUGUCUCUUUCACUUUUAUAACAAGCCUCUAAAUAUUGUUGAGGGGAAAAUGCAAUACUUAUUUGAUGAGAAUGGAAAGCGCUAUCUUGAUGCUUUUGCUGGUAUAGUCACUGUUUCUUGUGGACACUGCCAUCCCGAUAUCUUAAAUGCUAUCACGGAGCAGAGCAAGCUUCUACAGCAUGCCACAACCAUAUACUUACACCAUGCAAUAACUGAUUUUGCUGAGGCAUUAGCAUCAAAAAUGCCUGGAAACUUAAAGGUAGUUUAUUUUGUGAAUUCUGGCUCAGAAGCAAACGAAUUAGCAAUGUUGAUGGCCCGUCUAUACACUGGUAAUCUUGGCAUGAUUUCAUUGAGAAAUGCAUAUCAUGGAGGAAGUGCUGGUACAUUAGGAUUGACAGCACUGAAUACUUGGAAGUACCCAAUUCCAGAGGGUGAAAUUCAUCAUGUUGUAAAUCCAGAUCCAUAUCAUGGAGUCUUCGGAUCUGAUGCCAAACUUUAUGCAAAAGACGUUCAAGAUCAUAUAGUUUAUGGUACUUCAGGAAGAGUUGCUGGAUUUUUAUCUGAAACAAUUCAGGGAGUUGGAGGAGCAGUUGAAUUGGCCCCUGGAUAUUUGAAACUGGUGUAUGACAUUGUUCGCAAGGCCGGUGGUGUCUGCAUUGCUGAUGAAGUACAAACUGGGUUUGGUCGCACAGGAAGCCAUUACUGGGGUUUUGAGACUCAGGGGGUCAUCCCUGAUAUAGUUACCAUGGCAAAGGGUAUUGGAAAUGGUUUACCAUUGGGAGCAGUGGUGACAACACCAGAAAUAGCAAGCGUCCUAGCCGGUAAAGUUCGAUUCAAUACUUUUGGUGGAAACCCUGUGUGUUCUGCUGGAGGACUUGCAGUGCUCAGAGUUAUUGAUAAGGAGAAGCGUCAAGCUCAUUGCCAUGAUGUUGGUUCUCAUUUACUUGACCGUUUGAGAGCCCUUCAGCAAAGACAUGAUAUCAUCGGAGAUGUAAGAGGCCGAGGCUUAAUGCUGGGCGUAGAACUUGUUAGUGACAGAAAAGAAAAGACACCUGCCAAGGCAGAAACUGCUGUUGUAUUUGAGAAAAUGAGAGAGCUUGGAAUUCUACUUGGGAAAGGAGGACUGCAUGGCACUGUUUUCAGAAUAAAACCACCAAUGUGUUUUACCAAAGAUGAUGCAGAUUUUCUAGUGGACGCUCUGGACUAUAGUUUGUCAAGGCUGUGAGGAUUACUCAGUACUGAGUCACCAUGAUUGUUGUAAUGCGCUUAACGCUCUCAGCUUAUAAAUAAAGAAUUUAACUCCAAUUAUGCACCAA